UUCUCCAGCUUUUUCCUUUUGGUUCUGCUGACGCUGCCCGGCUCUCGUCAGCCUCCGGCCCGCUCUCUCCUUGAGACCGAGCACCAUGCCUUCAAUUAAAUUGCAGAGUUCUGAUGGAGAGAUAUUUGAAGUUGAUGUUGAAAUUGCCAAACAAUCUGUGACUAUCAAGACCAUGUUAAAAGAUCUAGGAAUGGAUGAUGAAGGCGACGAUGACCCAGUUCCACUACCAAAUGUUAACGCAGCAAUAUUAAAAAAGGUCAUUCAGUGCUGCACCCACCACAAGGAUGACCUUCCUCCUCCUGAGGAUGAUGAGAACAAAGAGAAGCGAACAUAUGAUAUUCCUGUUUGGGACCAAGAAUUCCUCAAAGUUGACCAAGGAACACUAUCUGAACUAAUUCUGACUGUUGCCAAUAUGAUCAAGGGGAAAACCCCUGAAGAGAUUCGCAAGACCUUCAAUAUAAAAAAUGACUUUACUGAAGAAGAGGAAGCCCAGGUAUACAAAGAGAACCAGUGGUGUGAAGAAAAGUGAAAAGUUGUGCCUGAC